AUGCAAGAAGAUUCACUUUCGAGGCAUCAUGUUUUGAAAUCUCUUCCAGCAAACGUUGUCCAAGUUAACUUUGCGUUUUUCUUAUAUGAACCUGGAUCCAAUGGCAGCACUGGAAAAGCUACCUCAUUUGAGGAUUCUCAAGCUAGGGCAAUUAGAAGAUGGCAGAUUGAAGAAGGCGCAAUGCCACGCCUCCGGAGUUACAAUUGGAUGGUCUUCCAAAAUUCAGAUGUUUCCAGAAGGAUCUCGGAUUUACUUAUUCAUGAAGCAGUUUACCUGGGAGGAGUUCGUGACGAAGUGGAGCGCCUAAAGGUUAAACUAAAGCGGAUGCAGUGCUUCUUGAAAGACGCUGACCAUAAGCAAGAACAAGACGAACGUCUCCGCAAUCGAGUGGCGGAAAUUAGAGAUCUUGCUUACGAUGCUGAAGAUGUUAUUGACACCUUCAUUCUUAAAGUUGCACAUCAGGGAGGUUUUCAUGGAAUCACCGGAAGAUUCACCUCCAUUUUCACCAAGCCUUUUCAUCUGCACAAAAUAGGGGUGCAGGUCAAAGCAAUCCAGACUAAGCUUGAAGAUAUUUCCGAGAGUCUUCCAGCUUAUGAGAUAUCUGGUGAACAAGAGGACUCUAGCUUUCUUUCUAGAAUGCAGCAGCAGCAGCGGUUAAGAAGAACAUACUCGCAUGUUGAGGAAGUGAAUGUUGUUGGCUUGGAGGGCAUGACAAGGAAUGUUUUGGCUCAGUUGAUGACAGAAGAAGAAGAAGAAGAAGAAGAUAGACCUCAUGUCGUUGUUUCCAUAGUCGGAAUGGGGGGCAUAGGUAAAAGCACUCUUGCAAAAAAAGUAUACAAUCACAUUGAUGUGAGACGACAUUUUGAUUGUUUUGCUUGGGCUUUUAUUUCUCAAAAAUGUGUGCCAAGAGAAGUUUUGCAUGAUGUCCUCAUAAAAGUUCAUUCUCCUUCUAAAGAAGAAAGAGAGCAAAUUGAUAAAAUGCCCAAGCAUGAGUUGAUCAAAAGACUUUUUGAAAUCUUGAAAGAAAAAAAAUAUUUGGUAGUCCUUGAUGAUAUCUGGAGAAGUGAAGAUUGGAAUAGUCUUAAACCUGCUUUUCCAAGAGGAAAAAAAGGGAGCAAAAUUUUAUUCACAACACGAAAUAAGGAUGUGGCAUUACGUGCAAAUCCUUGCUGCUCCCCAAUAGAGCCUCCACUUCUUACUGAUGAUGAAAGUUGGGAGCUUUUCAAGAGGAAAGCAUUCCCUAGAAAUACAACGGAGUCUGAUGCUGGCUCAGGAGAAUUUUUCGAGACGCUAGGAAGACAGAUGGUGAGAAAAUGUGGAGGGCUACCUCUUGCAAUUGUUGCGUUGGGAGGCUUGCUAGCAACUAAAAAAUCACGGGCUCAAUGGGAGAUGGUUCAAAGAAACAUGCAUGCACACUUGAACAAUGUCCAACAAGAAGACCAUCAAUAUAGUGCAGUGAAUGGACUUUUGGUUUUAAGCUACAACGAUUUGCCUUAUUAUUUAAAACCAUGCUUUUUAUAUCUUGGUCAUUAUCCAGAAGAAAAGAAGGAACUCGUUCGAUUAUGGAUUGCUGAAGGUUUCAUUUCACCAUCACUUGAAAGCGGAGGAAUGUUGAUGGAAGACGUUGCUGAACAAUUCCUGGAAGAGCUGAUAAAUAGAUGUUUGGUUCAAGUCAGCAAGAGGGACUAUACAGGAGUAGGUGUGAAAACUUGUCACAUAGAUGAUCUCUUGAGGGACUUGUGCUUGGAGAAAGCUCGAGAGGAGAAUUUCUUGGAAAUUAUUCAGCCAAAUAAUGUGACUUUGUCGACAUCUAUGCCACGAAGAAUUGCUAUUCAUCCUACGAAAAUGUAUGUUUCUUUGAAGGGAGAACAUCCAAAAUUACGUUCUUUGUUGCUCUUUCAAAAUGAGGAAUUGAUAAAAUUGCACAUUUCAAAAUGCAAAAACUUCAAAAAUUUAAAAGUCUUGAAAGUUGUGAAAAGGAACAGAAAAUGGCGUGUGUCAAGUGGAAUUGUUGAUCUACAUCAUUUAAGAUAUUUGGGGUUAAAAUGUUAUGGAAAAAUCAUCUUGCCACGAUAUAUUGGGAAGUUGAAGAAUUUACACACUUUGCACGUCCAAAGUAUUGGAUUAACAAUAAAUCCUAAAAUUCUAUUCAAUAUGGAACGUUUAAGGCAUAUUUUAUUACUUAAUUAUUGUGGGAAUUUUUCGUUCUGUACUGAAUUGUGGAUGCUGCCAAGGAUUAUUUCAAAAAAUAUUGAAACUUUAAAGUGCAUUGAGGCUGAGAAUUUAAUUGAAAAAAAUACAGUGUUGGGCUUGGCUAAUAUUCAGAGUUUAGGAAUAUGUUUUAGGAGAUCAAAAGAUGUUGAGCCUAUCCUCAAAGAACUGAUCCAAUCACAUCGCCUUCGGUCAUUGGAAUUGAGGUUUUUAUGGGAUUCAAGCCAAUCAUUUCCAGACUUGGAACCCCUUUCUCAGUAUCUUCACCUCUCAAAACUAUUCUUAUCAAGAAAGAUAGAAGAAGAUCCGCAAUCGAGGCAUCAUGUUUUGAAAUUUGUUCCUGCAAACAUUGGCAAGUUAACUUUGGAGGGAUCUGAGGUGAAGCAGGAUCCAAUGGCUGUACUGGAAAAGCUGCCUCAUUUGAGGACUCUCCGCUUACGGUGGAAUGCAUACAUGGGGACUAAACUGAUUUGCUCUUCCGAAGGGUUUCUUCAACUUGAUUCUCUUGAAAUUGAUUUUUUAUCAGAACUAGAAAAGUGGGAGAUUGAAGAAGGCGCAAUGCCACGUCUCCGGAGUUUAUCUUUGGCUCGUUUAAAUCAUUUGAGAAUGAUUCCGGAAGGGUUGAGGUACAUUGCUACUCUCCAAGAAAUGAAAUUAAAGUUUAUGGAGAGUUCAUUGGUAGAAAAGAUUCAAGUGAUAGACGGAAGAGGAGAGGAUUUCUCUAAAGUCAGCCACAUACCCUCCAUCCAAAUAUUUGAAACUAUGGAUAAUGAAUGA